UUUCCUUUCUUCAGGUUUUCUACAACAUUAAACGCUCUACACAUCCUUCGUUACUUGAAAACAAAUCUCCAACCAAAAAGACUAACAAAGAAAGGACUACAAUGGCUGAAUCCUUGCUCAAGAUAAUGCUGGUACGCAUAACAACAAAGCUAUACGAUGCAAUGAGAAUGGAUAGAUGGCUACCCGCAAGAUCACAAUCCGAAUCUAUGUCCAAAUCUAGACAUGAUCAUGUGGAUAACGGCUAUACUAGAGCCGCUGAGCCAAUUUCCAUCGAUCAAAAUUAUAUUUCUUGGUUGAGGGAACAUCCUUCUGCUCUUAGCGCUUUCAACCAAAUGAUUAAUGUGGCAAAGGGGAAGCAGAUAGUUGUCUUCUUAGAUUAUGAUGGUACAUUGUCACCCAUUGUGAGUGACCCCGAAAAUGCCUUCAUGUCUGAUCAGAUGCGUGCAGCAGUACGUGAUGUUUCUAAUUGUUUUCCCACGGCCAUUAUCAGUGGCAGGAGUCGUCAAAAGGUUUUAGAUUUUGUGAAGUUAAAUACAGUGUAUUACUCAGGAAGUCAUGGGAUGGAUACCAUUGGACCAGCUGUAAAAACCAACUCUUAUGAUAAAAGUUAUCAACAGAGAAGCUUUGAUAACCAGGGGAAUGAAUUUAUAGUCUUCCAACCAGCUCAAGAUUUUCUACCUGCCGUUCGAAAGAUAUUGGAUGAAGUUACAGAGAAAACACAAAAGAUACAAGGGGUAGCCAUUGAGGAUAAUAGAUUUUGCCUUUCUGUUCAUUACCGCCAUGUUAAGGAUGACGACUAUGAAACCCUGGAAGAGGAAGUCAUGUUGAUACUUGCAAACCAUCCAGGUUUUCACAUGACCAGAGGCAAAAAAGUGAUGGAAAUUCGACCAUCUAUAAAAUGGAACAAAGGCGAUGCUCUUAAGUAUUUACUAGAAGCAUUAGGGUUUCACAAGUCCGGUGAUGUGUUCCCCAUAUACAUAGGUGAUGAUCAAACAGAUGAGGAUGCUUUCAAGGUUUUAAGGGAAAGGGGAGAAGGAUAUCCUAUAAUCGUAUCAUCCACACCAAGGGACACAACAGCUUCGCACUCACUUCGCAGCCCAUCAGAAGUACAGUCAUUCUUGGAUCGUUUGAGUAAAUGGGGUGCUGAAAACAGCACCAUUCCUAACAAGUAAAAACCAACCGUGUUGGCUUCUUGUACAUAUACAUAUAUAAUUUAGUAUAUAUGUUAUGUCAACUACCUGUAGCCACUAGCCAGUUGAGAUGAUGGAAAUUGGAGUAGGAAUUUAGAAAUGGUAUUAGGAAAGAAGUGAAGCUGUAACUGCACCAUGUAGACCCUCUUUUUUAUGGUCUUCUAUUGUGUGCUGCUUCUCCAUUAGUUAGAUUCAAGUUCUCUAGAAGAGUAUUCUCCAACCAAAUAACCAUAGCAGGUCAUGGCCUUGGUUUUUAAGUAAUUUAUUAUACAUCUUACAAAAACUUCUUUUGUGUAAUUGUUGGGUGUCAUAUUUUGGAUACCAUUUCUGUGUAAUAAGAAUCAACCAGAUUUGUUGUA